AUGAGACUGAUCUUUUUGAGCCUGGCCCUUUUGGCCCCAGUUUCGGCCAUCUUCUUUGGUGGCGGCGGUGGUGGUUGUGGAUGCGCUCCUCCUCCACCACGUAAGUUACUUACAACUCAUUACUUUUCAUCCUUCCUGAUUAUCCCCCUCCAUAAAUGAUUCGCGAUUUCUAGCAUGCCCACCCCCGCAGCCUUGUGGAUGUGGUGGUGGUGCCUCUUAUGGCGCUUCUUACGCCGCGCCCCCAGUAGCCGCCCCUUGCCAGCCCCGCUACGUAAUCGUCCGUCCAGUUGAGUCUGGCCCCAGCUAUGCCUCAGGCCCAGUCGGCGGUGGCUAUGCCCAGCCUGUGGCUGCUCCCAGCUACGCCGCCCCUCAAAUCGCUCAAGGCUAUGCUGCUCCAGUUGCCGGUCCAACUUACGCCGCUCCCGCCCCAGUCGCCGCUCCCGUCGCUUCUUAUGCUACUGGCGGUGAGGGAGUUGCUGCCGCUGCUGCUGCCUAUGCCUCCAAGACCCUCAACGCUGAAGGCAAGUGCUCCAACAAGGAGUUGAGAAAGAUCUUGGAGAAGGAGAUCGUCGCCGGUGAUGCCAACGAGUCCAAGAGGAACGUCUACAAAGUCGCCAACCAACAAUUCAGCGAUGCCAACAGUGACAAGGGAAUCGAUGUGAUCUGUGCCCCAGCUCUGAUCAGCUACAGAGUUGCUACCGACUUUUACUGUGAGUACACCAAGGAAGACAUCACCUGUUUCGCCUUCCAACAGGCCUAA